AUGGAAGAUUAUGGUGGAUUUUGCAUGAGAGCAUCGUCGCACGGCGGUGGCAGUGGCGGCACGGGGACGAAGUGCGGGCGGUGGAAUCCGACGAGCGAGCAAGUUAAGGUUCUGACGGAGCUUUUCCGGUCAGGGCUGCGAACUCCGACGACAGAUCAAAUCCAGAAAAUAUCCUCCCAGCUCAGCUUCUAUGGCAAGAUCGAGAGCAAAAAUGUCUUUUAUUGGUUCCAAAAUCACAAGGCCCGCGAAAGGCAAAAACGCCGCCGCCGCGGUGUUUUGGUCUCCCCCGCUGCCACCGCCGCCGCCACCACCGACGACAACCACCACCGCCACCACCACUCCGGCAACCCUACUACUACAAUUACUAAUAUUUCAAUUCCAAUUCCAAUUUCAGAGGAAGAAAGAGUGAUGGAGACGUUGCAGUUGUUCCCACUGAGAGGAACUGACCAUUUGGAGAAGCCGAGGAUGUGCAGAGACGACAAUAUUUCUUCAUCCUUCCCAUGCAAUAACAAUAAUACUAAUAAUAAUAUUGGCAGUGGUUACGAUCAAAUCGAUCUUCAACAUUAUUAUCAUCAUCAUCAUCCGACUUUGGAUCUACGGCUCAGCUUCGUUUAG